UCGCGUGGCUGAGUCUGGAAGCGCGGAGGCUCUUGUGAGUUCUUGCCAUGGAUCGGAUCACAGCGCCGACAGCGACAACUAGGUUGACAUCUCCACCAAGUUCGCCUGCGUCAUGGCUGAGGACGAACACCGGGCCCAUGUUCCCCACGGACCGCGAAGCCGCCAUCCGUGGCGAUAGGCCACGCUACGAAUGGGUCUAUGACCCGCCGAUCUUCAAUACCCAUGACAAGCUGAACGGGGUGCUGAAAACUCAGCUGGAUGCAUGGCACUGCCCGAAGACCAGCGGGACUCAGCACGUGUUGCAUGCCAGCAGCCACAUCGUGGACACUGUGACCAGGCAGCGGAUCGCGCGCUUUUACAACGACUCCUUCCUUCGGCAGACGGGCAAAUUGGUGAGCACCCACGACCCCCUGGCGAACAAGCCGCUAGGCGGCGGCGUCACCAUUUGCCAUGAUGGUACGCUACGACCUGGACAGAGGCUUCAGCGCUGCAGCAGCGCGCCUGGAUCCAUCAAGGCAGAUCAGUAUUUGCCGCCCUGGAUCGAGAGGUCCAAGUACGAGUUGGCACUGAGCAAGGCGCCCCCCAACUGGUCCGGGCUGCCCUUCGCGGCGACGGGGCAUCGCAGCGGGACCCCACACAACAUGAAGAAGUUUGAGAAGAGCAUGUCGUUGUCCAGUAGUGGUCUGCCGACUUUUCCCAAAGCGGCUUGAUGACCUUCUGCCCGCGCGGGGCCGGACAGAGCGGUAUGUAACACGUGAAUUUGUAGUUUGCCAACACCACAUCGUCCCA